AUGGGCGCCCACGGCUCCUGCUGCUCCUGCGAGGACGAGAGAUCAACUAAUUAUUCCGAAGACGGAAAGAAAGUCAGAAGAGAAGCUCGGAAGAGGCUUCCCAACGAGUUCACCAUCGUCGUCGACAGGAGGAACGGGGAGGGCUUGGGGCUCGACGCGACUCCCGAGAAGGGGUCGCUGACGAUCAAGAGAGUGACUCCCGGCGGCCUCGUGGACAAGUGGAACUGCGCCCUCCGCGAGGGCCACGCCGAGCGCGUCGGCCCCGACAUGCGCGUCGUGGAGGUCAACGGCCGCUACAACAGCGCCAUGCAGCUGAUAGCCGCCUGCCGGGAGCAGGAGGUAUUGCACAUCACGGUGGCUCCGAAACACGACUCGUCUUCGUAA